AAACAGGAGGGACCCGUGCAUGCGCAGUACGUACCUAAUCCUUUUAAGCUGUAAGAGAGAAGCUGGGAGAGCUUCUUCAUAUAGAAAUUAAAUAUUUAUUCUUUAUUUUGUUAAAGUUAGCCUUCUUAUAGAUGGAGGUACGAAAAGAAUACCUGCGGGGCUGGGAGACCUUUAGCUGGGCCAACUGAAGCCAAAUAGACCGCGAACAGAAGGGGAGGCUAUCUCGGAGAGAAGAACCCAAGAACAGGAAAAAAAAUAAAUAAAGAAAAAGAAAAAAAAUCCUCCUCCUUCCAGGCGGAAAGGGCUGCGGCUGCCCUGUAUCAGAUCAGCCCGCCUGUAGAAUGGCUCACCUCCUGAGGAACCAGCCAAGUAAACUGUUAUCAGCAGCGCGCUUAGAGAGAAAAAGCUUAAGUGAGAAAUGGGUCGUUUUGUGACAAUAGGAGAAAAACGUACAAUACAAGCCGAAGUGAGGGCAGCAGCGGAGGUUCCUGCAAAACGCAGAAGCUGAAAAUAUUACAAAGCUUAUUUAAAACAGGCCUUUACAUGGACCGGGUCCAGCGAUGCAUGUGGCCUCAAUGUGUUGUAUGCGGCGAACUACCCAGCAAACGACAGUAUGCAGCCCUGCAAGCUACACCGGCAUCUCGAAACAAGACACCUAAACCCGUAGAGUUUUUUUGUAGGAAGCUCAAUGGGUUAACAGGACAAAAAACGUGUACUGUUAACUUGAAGGCUACGGAGGCUUCUUACCGUGUGGCUUUACUCAUUGCCAAAGCUGGUAAGCUGCACAACAUAGGUGAGAAACUACUACUUCCAGCUGCAAAGGAUAUGUGCUCAGGAUGAUAGGAGAGAAAGCAGCAUCACAGCUAGACGUGAUCCCACUUUCAAACGACAGUUUCUCGCCGUAUUGAGGAGAUGACCACUGAUGUAAAAGAGCAGCUCUAGAAAGUGUUUGUCAGAGCCCAUAUUUUUCAAUUCAGAUAGAUGAGUCUACCGAUAUAUCCAAUGCUGCACAGCUACUGGUGUAUAUUUGUUUUGCUACAGCAACAGAAUUAAAAGAGGAAUUUCUGUUUUGCCGUCCACUUCCAAAUGGUGAAGCGCUUUUUAAAUUAUUGCAUGGUUUUGUCCAAGACACUGGCCUUUAUUGGGGACGUUGUUUUGGAAUUUGCAGCGAUGGCACAAGGUCUAUGACAGGACAGUAUAGCGGGCUUGUGACAAGGGUACAAGAAGUGGCCCCCACAGCAACCUGGAAUCAUUGUAUAAUCCACAGACGGGCAUUGGCUCCUAAGAAGGUGCCAGAGGAGCUUAGCAAUGUUCUUUCUGUUGCAGUGAAAAUCGUAAACUUUACAAAGUCGUGACUGGUUAAUUCAAACAUUUUUGCCAUUUUAUGUGAAGAGAUGGGGGCAAACUUCACACAGUUGUUGUUACACGCAGAAGUCCGUUGGCUGUCCAGGGGCAAGGCGCUGACAAGACUAUGUGAACUGCACGAGGAAGUCUUUUUGUAUUUUUCUUGCAGACAAUAACUCUCCACUUGUACAGCACGCCAGUGACACUCGUUGGAUAUCCUUGUUGUCAUAUCUGGCUGACACAUUGGAGCGACUGAAUUCUCUGAAUGUGUCACUUCAGGGACGAGAUGCAAAUGUUUUCAUUGCUAAUGAUCGGAUAGCAGCAUUCAUUAACAAACUUGAACUGUGGGAUCUGAGUUUCGUGAGUUAACAGACUGGGCCCUGAAAGCCCUCAUUCCGUUUUCAUCCACCUACCUAUGCGAGUCCGGAUUCUCAGCAUUAACUGCAAUCAAAACAAAGUAUCGCUCCCGGCUUACUGCUGAAGAUGACUUCCGUCUCCCUUUUGACACUGCAACCUCGAAUACUACUACAUUGUACGGCGAGGAAACAAACACACCCCUCCCACUGUUAAGAACUCACGGCUGGACCCUGAGGAGUACUUCACGAAGUUGGAGCGGAUAGGGAAGGGCUCUUUUGGGGAGGUGUACAAGGGGAUCGAUAACCGCACCAAGGAGGUGGUGGCCAUCAAAAUCAUCGACCUGGAGGAGGCAGAGGAUGAGAUCGAGGACAUCCAGCAGGAGAUCACGGUGCUGAGCCAGUGCGACAGCCCCUUCGUAACCAAGUACUACGGCUCCUACCUCAAGGGGACCAAGCUCUGGAUCAUUAUGGAGUACCUGGGUGGUGGCUCAGCCCUGGACCUGCUGAGGCCUGGCCCCCUGGAGGAGACCUACAUCGCCACCAUCCUGCGGGAAAUUCUGAAGGGUCUGGACUACCUGCACUCGGAGAGGAAGAUCCACCGGGACAUCAAAGCUGCCAACGUCCUGUUGUCUGAACAGGGUGACGUGAAGCUGGCGGACUUCGGGGUGGCAGGACAGCUGACGGACACCCAAAUCAAGAGGAACACAUUUGUGGGGACACCCUUCUGGAUGGCCCCUGAGGUUAUAAAACAGUCAGCCUACGAUUUCAAGGCAGAUAUCUGGUCCCUGGGGAUCACAGCCAUCGAGCUGGCGAAGGGCGAGCCCCCAAACUCAGACCUGCACCCCAUGAGAGUGCUAUUCCUCAUCCCCAAAAACAACCCCCCCACCCUGGAGGGGACCUACAGCAAACCCUUUAAAGAGUUUGUGGAGGCCUGUCUCAAUAAGGACCCACGAUUUAGGCCCACAGCCAAAGAGCUGCUCAAGCACAAGUUCAUAAUGCGCUACACUAAGAAAACGUCCUACUUGGCAGAGCUCAUCGACAGGUACCGGCGCUGGAAAUCUGAGGGGCAUGGGGAGGAAACCAGCUCAGACGAUUCAGACAUGCUGACCCGACAGCCGGUCUGUAUUCACAGGGACGGGGAUGCAGAGGACAGAGACCAGUGUCCAGUCUGGACGUUUCCCACUGUCUGGCCGAGCUCUCUCAACAAAUUUCAGAACGGAAUAUCCCUUCCACACUCGCAGAAGAACGUAGAUGCAGUGAAGAGACAGCCCAAAUCACAGUGUCUCUCUGCACUGGUGACACCCAUCUUCAGAGAGUUGAAAGAGGAGAGGCGAGCGAGUGGUAGGAGUCUAGGAGCGAUAGAGGAGCUUGAGAAUGCCUUUAACCUUGCAGAGGAGUCUUGCCCAGGGAUCUCAGACCGCCUGGUCACACACAUGUUGGAAAGGGUGCGGAGGUUUUCACUAAAUGGGAACAGCACCCCUUCCUUGCGGUGAAGCAGUGUCUGCUUCUACUUAAAUUCUCGGUCCCUUCCAGGGAGAGCCGUCUGCACAAGCCCCUUCCCACUACUGUGGAGAAGAGCAGAGCAGAGCAGCAGAUGCCACUCCCCUGGGGGGGGGGGGGGGGG